AUGGCCACUUUUUUCGGGAUGCAUGGGACAUGGUCGAAAGUCUCCGCAAUGAGAGAGCAUCUCUACCUUUAUGAUUUUGUGGUAUUCAUGGACGCAGAUACGAUCUUUCCUCACCCUCAUGUACCCUUGGAAUGGCUGUUCAACUACUGGGACAUCGUCCCGGACAACCUUAUCGCCAUGGCCCUCGAUCCGCGAGACCCAAUCAAUAACGAUUUACGAGGCCGAACUCUGCUGAAUACAGGCUUUAUCGUUGCACAGCAAAGCCCUCGAGCUCACGAAUUGUUCGCGGCGUGGGAGUCCUGUCCUCAGGAAGUGAAAUAUCCUGGUUGCUCUAAUUUCAGCUACAGCUGGCCGCAUGAGCAAGGUGCUUUCGGCAAUUUCCUCCGAUAUGACUUCAAUCAACCCGACGAUGUCAAGUCGCUCAAUUGUGCGGAAGCAAAUGGAUGUCCUGAAGUGGCACAUCUCGGUUGUUCGGGGAAAUUAGUAUGCCAUUACUGGGGAUCAAAGGCGUCGGUUCCUUCUGCCGUGCAGGAAUCCAUUGUGCAAUAUUUCCUCUCGUCGCUACAUGAGGAAUUUCACCAGGACUAUGCCAACAUCGUUUACACCACUUAUGGAAAUCCGAUCCUUCCGGCGGGAGAUGGGAACUUUAAGCCCGAUAUCUCGCAGGAACUUGGGAGUGAAAUACCGGCGCUGACUCAAGAGGAUCUUCGAGGAACGACAGAAUAUUCACCAAUCUUGAAUCCUUGA